CGUCAUCACUACGCAUCAAUAUUCGACAUCAGAUAGCCAGAUAGGCAGGAAUUUUAUAAUUUAAAUUUAAAUUCUUAUGUAUUUUAAUAUAUUGGUUAAGUACCAUACUUAUGGCCCUGCAGUAUUGUCUAUUACACGUUACCGCGCUGAAUUGAAUUCAACUACCUACCUACUAUAAAGGACUAUAUAGAAUCAAUAUUACAUUUGUUCAUGCUGCUAUCGUCAGCAUUUCCGCCACUCCGUCUGUAAUGGUGACAAUGUACAGCAUGCACAAUGGACAACUCUUUUUCCCCGCUCUUCACCGUCCCUUCUUACGCAUUAUAUAUGAUCCACUCUAUACAAACGUAUUUCUAAUGUCUUUACUUAAUCUAUGUCAACACCGCCAUAGUUUAUAUAUUUUAUUUUGUAUCUUUUUUACGUUGUGUGUCAACAUAACCAAACAGUGUUCGUAUUAUAAUUCUGUAUUACUAUUGUGUGAACUGGAGACGCUCGCUAGUAAAGCAGCUUCCAUUAUUUCGUUCGUAUUCAUUUUUAUAUACACGUUAUAUUUAUUAUCAUUGUCGUCAUCAGUAAGAUGACACGAUAAUCAUUGUAAUUUUCUCUGGUUUCACGGAUACUGAGUCUGCAGAUCAUUUAUACAACGACUACCAAUAAAUCAUAUAUCGUUCACAAUUCGGUGAGUACUUAUUUAUUUGGUUCCGUUUAUAAUACCUACCUCUCUGUUAGAUAGUCCGAACUGACUAUAGUCAAUAAGGAUUGAGAUUACGGUGAUAAUUGCAAUAUCGUCUGCAUCAUUAUUGGCAUCAUUCGUCAUUAGCGUAAGUCCGCCAGCAACCAUUGUGCGUUGUGUGAGUGGCCUCCCAGGUCGUCCAGGUGCAAUACGCUGUGGAUCGACCAACCGCAUGUAACUCCACCUCAGUCAUUGAUGCGUGACAAUUCUGGAUCGUUCAACGGAUAUCGUGGCAACCCGACAUACUUCCGUAGCAUAAGUUGUGUUAUGUCGGUGAAAGAAAUGGAUGCCUUAGAUACCUCAUCCUGUGAAAGUGAUCCAAAGCAAGUUCUGACAUCCAAUGAAUGUGAACCAACCAAUUUCAGAAAUAACUCUCACUCGGUCAGAAUACUAGAAGAAUUAAAAUCUCUACGGAAGAAUGAAGUAUUAUGUGAUAUUAGAUUUGAAACAGAUGAUGGAUGUACAACGUUUGGCCAUAAAAAUGUUUUAAUGGCAGCUAGUCAAUAUUUCCGUGCAAUGUUCAAAUCGCGGAAAAUCGGAAAAACCGGCAACAACACCGUCAAUAUAAGAAAAUUAGAUUCAACUGUUUUACAACUAUUAUUAGAUUAUAUUUAUACGGGUGAAAUUAUCGUCACAAAAGAAAAUGUACAGGAGUUGUUACCAGCCGCAAACCUCUUACAGUUAGAUUUUGUAAAUGGCGCAUGUAUUGAGUUUUUACAAAAACAACUGGUUGCAUCGAAUUGUCUUGGUAUCAGAGCGUUUGCUGACUUACAGAACUGUACGGAAUUGUUAUCAAGUUGUGAAGCGUUCAUUAAAAAUCAUUUUUUAGAAGUGGUUAAAAGUGAUGAUUUUCUAUCUUUAUCUUCUGAAGAUUUGGUGAAGAUUAUCUCCUGUAAUGACCUUGCUGUUCCAUAUGAAGAAAAAGUAUUGGACUGUGUUAUGAAAUGGGUAAAACAUGAUUUGGAUUCCAGAAAAGAUUUUUUGCCAGAAUUAAUGGAACAUGUACGUUUGCCACUAUUAAAGCCUGAAAUAUUAUUUAAAAUAUCUGAAGAACCACUUCUAAAAAAUAGUCCUAAAUGUAAAGAUUAUGUAUAUGAUGCAAUACAAUUUAAUCUACAAAAAUCAGUUCAGCAUUUCACCAUUCCAAAAACAAUUAGAUGUAAACGUAGACAGUUUGGUGGCUCUCAAAAAGUUAUUCUAAUGUUCAACCCGUCUGAUACAUCGCCAAAGUGUUAUACAGAAUGGUAUGACCCUGUAACCAAGCUUAGAGAGAAUGCACCCGGGUUAAUAGAAUGUCGAAAGUUUGCUGGUAUAGCUGCAAUAAAAGAUCAAUUUGUGUUUGCUGUGGGCGGUGUGAAUGGAUCAAGUUCUAAAUCUGUUAGUAUGCUUGAUGUAUCUUCACAAUCGCCCUCUUGGGUUCCAAUGGUAGACAUGUUAGUUAGUCGAAAUCGGUUAGGAGUCGGAGUAUUAGGUGAUUCCAUAUAUGCAGUUGGCGGACGUGAUGGCAACAGUUUAUUAAAUAGUGUAGAGGUUUUUAAUGUCAGUAUUCAAAAAUGGCAAAUGGUUUCGAUUAUGUCAAUUGAGAGAAGUAGUCUUGGUGUUGGUGUUUUCAAUAAUCAUUUAUAUGCGGUUGGAGGUUUUGGUGGUAAAUUGAGUUUGAAAUCUGUGGAAUAUUAUGAUCCCUCACUUGACACAUGGACACUAGUUGCAGAAAUGUCAGUAUGUCGUACCGGAGUUGGUGUAGGAGUCUUGGACGGUCUGAUAUAUGCUAUUGGUGGCUAUGCAGGUAGUGGAAAGUUUCUUAAAAGUGUCGAGGUUUAUAGACCAAGUGAUGGAGUUUGGUCGUUUGUAGCUGAUAUGAAUUUGUGCAGAUACAGGCCUGGAGUAGCUGUAUUAGAUGGCUUAUUGUAUGUUAUGGGCGGAGAAUCUGAUGUAUCUAUAAUCAAUGAUACUGUAGAAAUGUACAACCCUAACACCAAUACUUGGACCAUAGAGAGAUUGUCAAGAAAUAAAGCACGAAUUUAUGGUGGAGUAGUCGUUGAUAGACUAUAGUCUAACCUACGUCAUUAUGAUUAAUCAGCUUACAGAAGUAGUCAUUGUUAGUUUGUAAUAUGAACAUAUUUUUGUAUAAAUUAUGAUACACGUGUAUUGUUUAAUAUAUUUUUGUUUUUUUGAAUAUUUGAUGAAUGAAAUUAAUUAAUUAAUAGAAUUUUUUUUUAUAAUUUAUACUUUAUACUGACUAUAUUUUCAAAUAAAAAAAUAAGCUAUAAAAUUAGUUAUAUUGCAGUAUAUUAGUUGAAUUGUAUCUAUUGUUUGCUAUAUAAAUUAAAUCUUUUAGACUGUUUGGAA